AUGCCGUCAUCUCCGCAUCCUUACCGCUCAGCAGCGCAUCAGCUCCAACAUCCGGACCAUGCAUCGUACUCACCGUCACCACGAGCUGCACCUCUCUAUGCUUCGUCAGCACGAAGCUCUCACGUCUACCACAGCGCCUCCAACGCCUCUAGCCCCGAAGCAUUCAGCGAGAACGAUCUGACGAGGAAAGUUCCUAGCGACUAUCUAGGCACGUCUUCCCGCGUAGCGUCCUCUUCCCGUGGUCCGACAGCAGGGGUGUACGAUGCAGCUUCGUCGCGUGGGCCCUCACCCACAAAACGCCGCAAGCAGUCAGCCGAUGACUCUCCCGUCAUUUCUGCCGCUGCAAGCUCGCCCCACAGCGCCACUAAGAAUGCAUCCGCCAACGAUACGUCAGAUCCAAAUGCCAUCGACUCGAAAGCCUCGACCCGGGUGGCCAAGGCGUGUCAACCGUGCAGCACCAAGAAGCGCAGAUGCGACGGUCGACAGCCCGAAUGCUCUGUCUGCCAGGUGUUGGGCACACCCUGCACUUACAACCACACCGGUCUCAAGCGUGGUCCGCCAAAAGGCUUUCGCUCCGGUCCCAAGGAGUCGGCCAGAGCAAAACUCGUACGCACGCUCGAGACCACCAUCCGUGAUCUUGUCAAUCAUCUCGGAAAGGAAGAGGCGGGCGCGGAAAUUGUCCGUGUGUCGGGGGAGAGACACCUGCCUAUCGGCGAGGCAUCGUUCGAGGAGGCAGAGUGUGUCGAUGCAGCGACGUCCUCGAAGCGUUCUCGUGCGAAGCAAGAUCGUGCCAGCUCGAGGAUCAAAAUUGAGCACCUCACGUCGAACGACGAUUCCGGCCGUUUGAACGCCUCUCGCGAUUCCGACGGUGGCGAAGAUGAUCCGGCCGCAGAGGCGGAAGAAGAUGUGAUUGGCGAAACGCGUCAAGGUGAACUUGUCUAUCGCGGAUCCAGCUCUGGCAUUGGGAUUCUGCAACGCCAGCAUCGCGCUGAAUCGCCCACGGCUGCCAAUCGAUCGGCCGCAUCGAGCUCAUCUGUGCCGUUUGGACCGCGAUCCCGUGACAAUCGUCUUUCGGGAGAGGGUGUCGUGCACGCUAAGGCUCCUGUCUUUUUGCCCAUUUCUUCACCUCGACCGGUAGGUGACGCCGAGACCGUCAGCUCGCACGAUCGAUCCCCACGUCCUAGCAAGGCCACCCCGAGACGCGAAAUGGCGAGUCUGUAUCCCGGAACGAGUCGCGAUGGCCACACGUCCACGAGCCAUGUCUCUGCCGAAGAUCCGGUUGUUUCGGACGAAGAGAACGAUCGGCUCUUCCGAUACUACUGGCAAGGGUUCCAUCCCUUCUAUCCGAUCCUCUACAAGCCGUGGUUUGUGGGGUUCUCGCGCCAGGAGUUGCGCAACAUCCUCGAGCCAAGUUUGCUGUUCGCCAUCUACGCCAUCGGCGCUUGCGUCGUCCCAGGAAGCGCGUCUCAGGGAUCGUCGGGCAAAUCGGACGAUUCCGCGCACAAGCUCAACCUCGAGCGUGCACAGCUCUUCUGCCGGGCAGCCGAAGGUCACGUUCUCGCCAAAGGACUGCGACCAGACAUUGCCUCGAUCCAAACGUGCUGGCUGCUCAGCCUCUACUCGCAUGGCACGGGCGAUCUCUCGCGUGCAUGGAACUUUCAGAACCUGGCCAGCUCGAUGGCGGUCGAUCUGGGGUUGCACCGUUGGCCUAUCUAUCGACCGGAGAUCGUGCAGGAUCGUGUUCAGCGCGAGACACGGAUCCGCGUGAUCUGGCACUGUUACAUCGUGGACAAGCUGUUGUGCGCUGAGAUGGGUCGACCGGUGGGGCUGCGUGCUAAGGAUAUAGAUGUGCCGCUGUUGUCGGAAACGGAGGAGGAUGAGUUCGAACUGUGGUCGGAUCAGACCGAGAUGCAGUCGGCGGAUCAGCAGGGUGGCGUUGCGGGACCGGUGAGGAGGUUGCAUGCUCCCUCUUGCCUCAAUUGGGGUGUCCACUUGUUCAAGAUCGUCGAAAGGAUUUUGGACGAGGUCCACUCGCUAAGAAGGAAAGCGUUGCUGAGGAGGCAGGGAAAGGGGCAAGUAUUGACCGAUCUCGAUCGACAGCUGACCGAGUGGAAAGAGAAGCUUCCCCCGCACCUUCACCUCGACGACAGCACCCACGACGGACCCUUCCCAAGCUUCUUCGCGCUCAACCUGUGGUACUACACAGCUCGACUGCUGCUCCACCGACCUUUCAUCCCGCAAGACGAGGGUCUGGCCAUGUCCAAAGUACUCGAAAACGACAGUCACCGACAAAGCACGCUCGCAGCCAACACCAUCUGCGACCUGCUCGAGGCGUCGUCUAGGGACAUUGUCGAUCGACUAUCGACCGAUCUGGGAUACUGCCUGUUCACGGCAGCGGUGAUGUUCGUGUUCAAUGCGAGGUUGCCGGAUCUCAAGAUUGCGACGGAUGCGAGGAGGAGGUACGGGUUGUGUGUGCAGUGGUUGAAGAUGCUGGCGGACACGUGGCCGGCUGCUUCGGCGCACAGGUUGCUGCUGGAUGGGUUUGCGGUGGUGGGAGAGGACGCUUCGAAGCAGGAUGCGGAUGCGCAGAGCAGGAGGAGGCCGAGCAUCGCGGCGUUGCAGGCGGCGAAUGCGGGGACGCCGGGGACGGUCGCUAGUUUCAAAGUGUCGAAUUGGAUUGCGGAGACGGAAGGUGCGCUGCAAGGGCUGAAUGGGGGACAGCAGGACCCGAGCGGCGUCGCGAAGACGGACGAGGUCACCAAUCAGGUGAUGGAUCGUCAAGGUCAAGGCCAAGGUGGUGUGCAGAACACGUACGACAACGCACCGUUCUCGACCAGCAACUGGAACAACUUCGCGCCGGGCAUCUUUGACGUCGAAUCGUUCUUCUGGAACGAGAACGCGACCAACGUGUCUGCGUUGGUGGGGAUGCAGUUCAACCAGACGACAGCGAACAAUGUGCAGAGUGGCGUGCCGCAGCAGCAAGGUGUCCAAGGUGUAACCUUUGGAGGAUUCAACGCUGGGGUUCCUCUCGGGGGUGGUCCUGGGGCGGGAUAUCCGAUCGGCAACAACGGGAUGCAGAACGCGCCGAUGUCGACGAGCGCUUCCGCCGGCUACCCGGUCAGCGGCUACACUGCACAGCAGCGGAACAACGUACUCGAGGCAUCGCAGCAGCAGCCACCACCGAUGCCGACUCAGGUGCAAUCAGAUGUGUCGAUGAACGCUGCACUACCCGCUCAACCAGCCGCCGCGUCCGAGCAACCGUUCAACACGUCUCCGUUUGCCUUUAACCCUGCAAACACGAGCAUAGGAGAGUUCUGGAGCAUGCUGGAGCUGCCACCAGCUUUCCUCCAGCAGUGA